UGAAAUGGUUAUUUAUAGCGAACUGUAAGGUAAGCAUUCGGCUUUAUGUAUAUUUGUAUGUAGAUAUCAUAUCUUUUUCUUUUUUCUUUUUUUUUGAUAUGUAUACUUGUAUGUAGAUAUCAUUGUAAUGACCCACCUCCACUAUCCCCACUAUCUCCACCAUCUCCACCAUCCCCACCACUCCCACCAUCUCCACCAUCCCCAACUUCUUUAAAGAGAAAGAGAGAGAGAGGGAGAGAGAGAGAGAGAGAGAAAGAGACAGAAAGCUCACCUGAGCUCGUCGCCGGAGCAACCGUGUGCCGUGAUCACGUUCAGCUUGCCACCACCGAUAAACGCCCUAGGCCAUCAUCGUGUUCCUCUCGUCGAGACGAAGCCGUAGACACCAACCACGCCUCAAACGGAGCCCGGACGAAGCCGCACGCGCCUCCCGAAGAUUCGCCUCGGCGCGCGCGUGAAACACACGCGCCACCGCCUUCCGCCGGAGCCACCGCGAGUUCCGGCCACGCGCCGCCGUCUCCGACCAACGUUCGCCGGAGCUGCCGUGACCGACCACCGUCCGUCCGCCGCCGAGAAGCCGCCGCCGCGUCGCCGCCUCGCCGCCGUCGCCGCCGUUGAUUUUCCGGUAAGCCGCCGGGGACCGACACCGGUGACUCGCCGGUGACUCGCCAACUCGGCCGAGUCAACCCGAUUUGGAGUCCAUUUGAGCAGCUGGAGUUCAUAGAUAUCUCUUAUUAUUGCUAAGGUGAGACAAACAAGUAUGUGAUAUUUGGACGGACUUGGUGCUACUGGACUUUUCUUUCGGAUUUUAUUUGGGCAUGGGUGAGAGUUGUCGGGUUUAUGGGCUUUUAUAUUACGGGAUAUUGUUGGUGGCCCGUCGUCCUUAGUGUCAGGGAGACGGGUGUCACAUUGUUGUAUGAUGACGCGUCGGGGGUGACACGCUGUCCUCCAUAUAGGAGGUGACGGGUGUCACAAUUUGGUAUCAGAGCGGGUUCCAUCCCGGUUCCGUCCGGGAUGGCGGUCAGGGGAUUCGGUUUUCAUCGGUUUUCAACUUAAAAAAAAAAACUAUAUAUUUAUUUAUACAUUUCGAAAUUCUUUUAGCACCAUUCUGUCCAGUAAUUACUAACUCAAAUGUCUCUUUCUAUGACGAUGAGUAAAAUCAUCGUCAUUCGUCCUUCGACUAUCAAGGUUCUCGACAGAUGUUCAGCAGUUGCGUGAAGUCCAAGUUCGUCAGUUUUCUCGGGAGUUAUCAGUUUCUUCGGUCAUGAUUUCGAGGCUAUCCAGGAGUGGAUAUGUGACGUUUCUGCCACCAGCCCACUUCAAGCAAUCGUUCCACGAGUUUUGUUACUGGAGAUUAUGUGGUGUGUGGUAUGAGCCAUUGGUUGGCAUGUGUUGUUGUGUGUACGAGUAUAUUGACUAUUUUGGAGAUAUAUUUGUUUUGUGAACUCGUGGAGAUCGCUUUUGAAUUGGGGUGCAGCAGCUUGCGUUGUGUGGGUGUUGGAGUUACACUUUGGUAUGUUUACCAAUUUUGGCAGUGUUGAUCGUUUCAGAGAUGUGUCAGUUUGGGCAACUGACAUAGGACAUUGGGAGCUAUUUAUAUCCAUCGCAGUGUACCAGUUAUGCUUGGAGGGCCGAUUUGUUCGGAUAUUCAUCAGAGAUGGAGCUACGUUUUUACGAUGUUAUCCUUGGGAUUGCCUGAGGGCAAGAUUGACUGUCACGGCAUCAAGUAGUGUUGGAUUGCCUGAGGGCAAGAGUUUCGAUUGCUGGAGCAGAUGGAAGUUGUUAGUGCAUGCAUGCUACAUACUGAGGAGUUAUGGGAUACAAGUAUAUAUAGAUUUUUGACUACCAUCUCGAUGGUUAAGGAUGAUGGACAACAUGAGCUGCAGGAUCUUCCGGUUAUUGCAGAGUAUGAGGAUAUAUUUGUGACCUUUGGAAAGGCCACCACAUGACACAUGAGAAACUCUUGCGAUUUGUUUGGAGCAAACAACACCAGUUUCACAAGUUUUAUACCCAUUAGCACCAACAGAGAUGACAAAGCUGAAAGAGCAUGUUGAAGAUUCAUCAGACAAGGGUUUUAUCAGACCGGAUACUUUACCGUGGGGAACAUCAUCAUUGUUGUUGUAAAGAAGAAAGGUGGGAGUGUCAAUUUUGUAUCGACUACAAAGGUCUGAACAAAGUGACCAUUAAAGAUAAGUAUCGCUUCCGCGCAUUGAUGAAUUAUUGGAUUAUUUACAGGAAGUUUAUAGUUCUUGAAGGUUGACAUGGCAUCAGAACACCAUCAGAUUACUAUAUUUGAAGAGUAUCUACUGAAUGUAAAUUUUUGUAUACAUUAUGGAUAUUAUGGGACGCAGUGAUACCAUUUGGCUCGACAAAGGCACUGUUGCAUUCAUGAAGAUAUGAAUGACGUUUUCAUGAACAUUUGGAUAGGUGUGCGAUUGUAUUCAUCGAUGACAUCCUGAUUUAUUUUGGAGAAGAAAGGAGAUUUGUGAGCAUUUCGCGGAUUGCGUUGGAUAAGCCUGGAGAGCAUCAGUUGUUCGCUAAGUUGAGGAAGUGUAGCUUCUGGCAAAGGAAUGUUGUAUUUUUGGCUGACAUGGUUUUGGAAGCAGAAUUUUGAUGGAUCCAAAGAAGAUUAAUACCGUUUCGGGAAGGUCGAAACCUAAGAGCGCUACAAAGAUCUGCCGUUCUUUUUGGGUUAAUAGUGUACUACUGGAAGUUCAUCAAGGGUUUCCCCGGUAUAGUAAUGUUAAAGACGCGGUCUACAUGUAAAGACGUAAAGUGUGGCUGGAUAGAUUUUGUUCGAGGAGUUUCACUGAAUUGAAGCACAACUAAUGAAGACACCAGUUUUGGGUUCUACUGAGGCUGAGGCUUACUGUGAUGUGUCAGAUACUGGAUUGGAUUUAAAUUAAGGUAUGAGGAUUAAGUCAUUCAUAUGCAUCAUGCCAGAGAGGCUGUAGUGGUAUUUGCGUUAUAGUUUUGGAAAUCAUAAUUGUACGGGAAGGAAGUUUAGAUUCUCUGGGAUUAUUAGAAUGUGAAAUUUAUCUUCAUUUAUUAAAAACUUGUACUUGGACAGUGCAAUUGGAUUGAGUUUGUAGCAAGCUAUAGUUUGGAUAUCACAUACUAUCUGGUAAGGACAACCAGGUGAUAAAUGCCUUGGGUAGGCGUAUGAGCUGUAUCUCAGGAACCAAGAAGGUUCAUGAGUUUACUGGGAGAUUUGCUAGUCUCAGGUUGGGUGCCAUUACUAUCAAUGGAGAGACAGAUGUCCUUGAGGAUUGGAGCAUGCAGUUUUGCUAUGGAGGAUACGCAAGCACAAGUUAGCAUUGGAUUUGGUUGAACAGAUCGAGAUUGAGAGUAUUGGAUAUCAUACAGCUUUGAGCAGGAUAUACUUGUACCGGAACCGAGUUUGUGUGUUGGACGAUAAGUUGUUAAGAAAAAGAAUCUUACAACAAACAUAUCACUCGAGUUUCUCUACCCAUCGGGAACACCAAAGGGUACAAAGAUAUGAAGAGUUAACUAUAAUUGGUGUAGUGUGAAGAUGUUUGUAACUACAUUACGUCGCGGUGCCAGACAUGUUAUCGGGCAAUGACAGAGGAUCAGUUAUCUAUUAUGUUAUUUUUUGAGCUUGUUUUUGCCGGAGUGGAAAUGAGGCAUGGUGAUUAUGGACAUUGUUAUUGGAUUUUAAAUCACCAUAUGUGGAAAGGAUGCCACAUGGGUAGUCAUGGAUAGACUUACAAAGUCAGCCCAUUUCCUAAGUAAUUAAGAAGAUAAUCAGGGCUAAUCAAUUGGAGCAGACCUACAUUAUUGAGUUUGGGAAGUUUCAUGGAUGUCAACAUUGUAUCGGAUUGAGAAUCGAAGUUCACAUCUACAUUUCAGAGAGCCUUUCGGAAGGCACUUGGGACAAAGAUCAUAUGAGUACAUCUUAUCACCCGUUGACAUAUUGUCAGUCAGAGAGGACUAUUCAGACUUUGGAGGAUAUGCUCAGAGCUUGUGUUUUAGAUUGGGAAGGUAGUUGGGUGAAGUAUCUACCUCUAGCCGAGUUUGCCUACAACAACAGCUAUCAUUCGAGUAUUGGGAUGGCACCAUAUGAGGCUCUAUAUGGUAGGCCUUGUCGCACGCCACUUUGUUGGACGGAAGUGGGAGAACAACGUGAGAUAGAACCAGCCAUGGUUCAAGAGACAGUCGAACAGGUCGAGAUGCUCAAGAUGCGGCUUAAGGAAGCCCAUGACCGUCAGAAGAGUUAUGCAGAUAAACGGCGAAGAGAUUUGGAGUUUCAAGUUGGCGACCUAGUAUACCUGAAAAUGAGGACAUUUCAGGGAGGAUCUAAGACUCGGAAGCUAAAGAAGCUUAAACCAAGAUAUAUGGGACCAUAUCCUAUUUUGGAGCGGAUUGGAGCAGUUGCUUACCGACUAAAUUUAUCAGGAGAGUUAUCAGAUUUCCAUGACGUGUUUCAUGUUUCCGUUUUGAGGAAAGUAGUGAGAGAGCCAGAGCUCAUUUUGCAGCAACCACCUAGAAACCUUGGCAAAGGGUUACGUGGGUUGUGCCAGCCAGUAGAGAUAUUGGAUCGCCAAGUGAAAGCAGAUCGUGGAAUGAUGACCAUGUUGAUCAAGGUUCGUUGGGAGGGAGACGGAAUUCAGGAGGAUACCUGGGAGUCCGAGCCCCAAAUGAGGAUUGAUUAUCCAGAGCUGUUUCGGGAUGUCAUUGGAGAGUUUGGAGAUGUGAAUUCGGGGUCGAAUUCCUUGUUAGUGGGGGAGAAUUGUAAUGACCCACCUCCACUAUCCCCACUAUCUCCACCAUCUCCACCAUCCCCACCACUCCCACCAUCUCCACCAUCCCCAACUUCUUUAAAGAGAAAGAGAGAGAGAGGGAGAGAGAGAGAGAGAGAGAAAGAGAGAGAAAGCUCACCUGAGCUCGUCGCCGGAGCAACCGUGUGCCGUGAUCACGUUCAGCUUGCCACCACCGAUAAACGCCCUAGGCCAUCAUCGUGUUCCUCUCGUCGAGACGAAGCCGUAGACACCAACCACGCCUCAAACGGAGCCCGGACGAAGCCGCACGCGCCUCCCGAAGAUUCGCCUCGGCGCGCGCGUGAAACACACGCGCCACCGCCUUCCGCCGGAGCCACCGCGAGUUCCGGCCACGCGCCGCCGUCUCCGACCAACGUUCGCCGGAGCUGCCGUGACCGACCACCGUCCGUCCGCCGCCGAGAAGCCGCCGCCGCGUCGCCGCCUCGCCGCCGUCGCCGCCGUUGAUUUUCCGAUUUGGAGUCCAUUUGAGCAGCUGGAGUUCAUAGAUAUCUCUUAUUAUUGCUAAGGUGAGACAAACAAGUAUGUGAUAUUUGGACGGACUUGGUGCUACUGGACUUUUCUUUCGGAUUUUAUUUGGGCAUGGGUGAGAGUUGUCGGGUUUAUGGGCUUUUAUAUUACGGGAUAUUGUUGGUGGCCCGUCGUCCUUAGUGUCAGGGAGACGGGUGUCACAUUGUUGUAUGAUGACGCGUCGGGGGUGACACGCUGUCCUCCAUAUAGGAGGUGACGGGUGUCACAAUCAUAUCUUUUUCAUUUCAUCUCAUUAAAAGCUACAACCUUUUCUACGUGUA